AUGGGCACGUCUAACUCUCACGUUCGAGAUGCUUUCGAGAUUGCGAAGAAUGAAUUCAUGACAUCGCAGAAAGACGGCUCCCUUUUUGACCAUGUUUCCAAUGUGACAAAUGUUCAUGAUAUUUACGAAUUUGUCAUGCAAUUUCAAUCCCAGCAAAGCAAUACAACGGGCAUGCGAUGUCUGCGGAGAAUCAAUGGUUUUCUGGACGGACUACGUCAAUAUUCCCAAGUGAUUGAACAAUUCGUUCAAGUCAAGCCUGAUGUUCUCGCUUUGAUAUGGGGACCAAUAAAGCUUUUGCUUCAGAUGGCGAAUGUCACACUGCAGUCUUUCAACGCUAUCGUUAAUGCAAUGGUCAGUAUAGGAAAUUGUUUGCCUAUGUUCGAGACCUUCGGGACACUUUUCAAACAAAAUGAUCGAGUGAAAGAUGCUCUGGUGUUAUUUUACAAGGAUAUCCUGGAUUUUUUUGAUAUCGCUCUGAACUUCCUCAAUUUGAAACGUAAGACUUUAAUGAUACCUCAAAAGAUGUGA